GCCAAGAGAGGCCAAGAUGCCCAGACCAGCAGGUGUUGCAUGAGAAUGCAACCACCACCACGGAGCCAAGAUAACUAAGCAUCGCGGUGAACCGGGCUCUUCAAAAUGCACGAGUGAGGAAAUAGAACGAAGCCCGGAGGGAGGUACUCAUAAGAGGAUGUCUUCCGAGGAGCGUCACGCACUUGUUGAUCUUUCUUGGGCAGAUGGAAACCCCGUGGGGAAGCACGUAUGGUGGUUGAGAAAUACCCCUCCACUGCGGUUGCACAAAUAGCCGGUGCUGCACACAAUCAGCGCCUGCAUGUCGCAACCCUCCGUCAGCUUUCAAGUCCAUUUUCUUCUUUUGUCCAUCUCAUAAGCAUCGUGGCGCCGGGAGAAGCUUCUGUGCAGAGCUUCCCCGAGCUUCAACCGUUAGCAUCGAGCCGCCCAGGACUGCCGUGCAUUUGGCCCGUUACUUGGCAAGUCUGCCGCAGCCUGCUGGGCAAGGUCGGGCGCACCGAAGCUUCAGCCCACCCUCUUUGCAGAGAGUGGUUCGACGGCACGUACGACAGCCAAGGGAGAGAAGCAGUGUGGCUUGCAGGGCCGAGCAGGCUUUCAUCGUCAGCCGAGCAACUUGGACGCCUUCUUUCAACCGUCAUCCAUCGACAAGAAGAUAUUGUCGAGCGCCAAAAGGAGCGGGAUUAAAGGAGAAUUCGAGAAGUCCGGCCGUGUAGACCUGGCAAGAUAUUUGAGCAUUUCUAUUCUCAGAGACUGAACCUGGGGCCAGGGGAUUGGUCCGAGUGCAUCGGGGCGGCUCUUGUUCGGUGGGUCUUUCAUGUGCACGUGGCGAAUGGAGAUACA